UGAACAAAAUCCAUUUCAAGUGUUGUGCGCUCGAUUCCUUUAUGAAUGUCAUUUUAAGUUAUGAUAUGUACAUACUUAAAACUUAUCAGCAUGGAUUUCGCUUCUUCUUCACUUAUAACAUGAUCGUCAAUCUCUAUGCAUUUUGUUCUCUCAUGAAAACUCAAAAAUGUCUAUCAUUAUAAAUUGUAAAUUUGUUGUCACAACACUCGACCUUCAUAUUUGACACUCAAACAUGGAGAGCUCUUGAUUUAUAUGUUAGGAUCAGUGCAGCGAUGACAUGGUUGGCCGAGAUAUAGACGUGGAAGGUCGGUCGUUGACUAUAAACAAGUAAGAAAAAGGAAAGCCAGGGGAAUCCUACAAAAUGCAAAACCAGGAAACAGUAAACACAAUCAAUCGAAACAAAGUGCGGAAAACAGAGGAACAGAGGAUCCUUCCCUCCAUCAAUCGGCAACAAUGGCGGGUCUGAUGUACCAACUCUUAUCCUCGUCGGCGCUCAUCUCCCUGGGAUUGUACCACCUCAUCUCCUCCGCCCGCUCCUACCUGAAAUCCCCACAGUCCUACACCGCCAAACCCUUCCACCCUCUCCCCGCCGCUUCCCGCCUCCGUCACCUCCAGCUCUACCUAAUCAUCACCUUCCUCCUCAUCGCCUUCGCUCACCAAACCCUAAUCUCCUCCGACGCCGACCCUUUACUCAAAGGCCGCACCCCGGUCCACCGAUUCACCUCCCUCCAGUCCGCCGCCGUCGUCUUCCUCUUCCUCCUCCUCGCCCUCGCAAUCCUCCUCGCCGACUCCACCUCCUGCCUCCCCUUCCCUCCCGACCUCUUCUUCGCCCUCGCAUCGGCGAUCUUCUUCCUCCACUACUCCGUCUCCUCCUCCGCGGCCUCGGUUCAGACCUCCGAUCUCCAGGCAAGGUGCGACUCGGUCUCCGCGCAAAUCUCCGCCCUCGCGGCACUCCUCUGCCUCGCCCUCGCCUGCCAGCCGCGGCUCUUCAUCGCCGAUUUGGGGCUCGGCGCCGCCGUGUGCCUCCAGGGGCUGUGGGCGCUGCAGACUGGGCUUUCUCUCUACGUGGAGGGGUUCAUCCCCGAAGGAUGUCACAGGCUGCUGGAUGUGGUCAGCGGGGUGGAAGGGUCGACCAAGUGCGAUCUUGAGGAUUCGAAGUUGAGGGCGGUGGCGAUUUUGGAUCUGGCGUUGAUUCUUCAUGUCAUGGUUGUUAUGAUCACUGUGCUUUUGGUGUACGCACUGGCCGCCAGGGGUUCUGGUGUUAGGAGAUCUGGCGGAUCGUACGAGGCCUUGCCCACUACUGCUGCGGCUGCUGCUGAUGUUAACCAUAUUCAGAUGAAGGCAUUGAUUGGCACCCAGGCUUGAAGCUCAACUCUGCUUUUCUUUCGUGAUCUUAGAUUGACUGCUUUCAUUUUUGGCUGAGUUUUUUAGUGGCGAUCAUAUGUGUCUGGUUGUUUACCUUACCACUGGAAUCAAAAGCAAGUUAGGUUGUCAGAGUAUGAUCACAUUCUGGGUUCAUUUUUGGUAUUGGAUUCAGAUGGAUGUGAUUGAAACGUCUGGUGAUGCUGAACGAGCCUUAGACUCUGUAAACUUGGUCAUGCCUGCAAGUAAUCAUCUUUGCCAUCAUCCUGGCGGUGCUUUUAUUUAUGUUGGUGCUUACCAUUUUGUUGCAAUCAUAUAAGUUUGGAGAAGCAGCUGUUGCUUGCGUGUCUGAUUUCAGCUGUCAAUUUCUAUGCUUCUUACUCUAUGCCUGGUCCAGUUUCUCUGGCGAUUUACUGUCUGCACUUGUUAAGUGGAGGUUAAGUUUGCUUUUCCUUCUAUUGUUAUUGUAUCGCUGGUGCAUUACAGGCCAGUCUGUUGGUUCUGAAUGCAGAUAGAAUGAUGCAAUUUCAACAACAGGGCUAUUGAUUUUGUAUGUUUCGGUCAGUUUGUUUAUUGACUCUGCUAUGCACAAUGACACGAAUCUGUGGAUCAGCCUGCACAUAUGAAUUAAUAAUAGAGGUGUGUUAAU